CUCACGAAAGACAAUGGUGGUGGACUUGGGGUCGUCGUAGUAGAUGGAUUCAACUCUAGCGGUCGAGGUAUACCAACUCAGCCAUCGCAAUGAUCCAUGAAAGAACCUAACAGAGUCUUCUCCGAGUCUUCCUCGCUUUCCCUCUUCUCCGGAUUCGGUAUCUCUUCCCCUUUUCACUUCUAGGGUUCUUCAAUAGCCAUCACAACCUGUUAUUUGCCAGUCUUGGUCUCUUGAUUUCACUUCGGAGGUAGUUAUGGAUGGUAGAUCUGGGGAUUCGUCGAGUGAAGAUCCUCAAAGUUCGUCGGGUGGUGGGAGAUUUGAAUGCAACAUAUGCUUUGAUCCAGCGCAGGAGCCCGUAGUCACCCUCUGCGGACACCUUUUUUGCUGGCCCUGUCUCUACGAAUGGCUCCAUGACCAUUCCUGCUCUUCUGAAUGCCCUGUGUGCAAGGCCACCAUCGAUGAGGAGGAGAUUGUCCCUCUCUAUGGCGGUGGAACUAACUCUGCAGAGCCGCAGCAGUCCAGGUCAAGUUCCGGAAUGGACAUACCGGAUCGACCACCUGGCCGGAGGACGACCACCGCGACACAAAACCGGCAACCUGGCCCAAACCCUAUUCAUCGUCACAACCUCAAUCAUAACCAUCACCAUCACCCAAGGUUCAUAAACCCAAAUCAGUGGGCUGGCAUGGGGCUCACGAACCUUACACCUGCAUAUGCAGUGACAAAUCAGUUGCCUCCUCCGCCUCCUCCUCCACAUUAUUUGGCUGGCGCAAGUGUUGGCAAUUUCAUGUUUCUAAAUACAGCUGCCAAUGAUGUUACUGCUGUUUUGCACCGUGGGUAUAACAAUGAACUUCACAGCCUGCAACCGCAGGCUCAAGGGUUCCAACAUGGUCAAGGGCUUCAUGGCUGGCAUCCCCAGUGGGUCCACCAGGGCCAUGGCCAUCAUCAUCAUGGGAUUGGUCAUGUUCGACGAGCAAACCGUGGCCAAUCUGAGAUCUGGAUAAUACUUUUGAUUGUGCUUGUUGCUCUGGUAUUCUCUGAUAUAGUAUCAAAAAUGCCUCUGUAAAUACUAGAUUUUUUUUGCAUAUUUCCACAUCAUAUUAGUGUGCUUAGGCAUUAGAUAAUUGAAAGUUAAACUAAGAUUUCGUUUGGCUCAAUUGUUAAUUGGUUACCUUUGCAUUUUUCUUAUCUCCAUGCUCCCAAUUUCCUGGGGGACUCACUUGAAG